AUACAUGGUAAAAUUUUGAGGCUAAUCCCCGUGAACCUGCGGCUGAUAAGAGGAGGAUUUGGAGUUCAUAUGGCAUGCAAGCACUUGCCAGUGCGGCCAUGCCGCCAUAUAUCCGCCGAUUCUCUUGCUUCUGUAUCGCUACUAGCCACGGCCGCACCACCAAGCCAAAUUCCAAUGCUUCUCUCUACGCAAUUUCCGAUCUCCUCAAGUUCUGCAAGACCCCCAUUGACCUCAAGCAAGUCCAUGCCCGUAUCGUCCAGAAAGGACUCGAGCAAGAUCAUUUCCUCGUGACCCAAUUCAUUUCAUCGUCCAAUUCAUUUGCCAACAUCUUCUAUUCCACAUCCGUCUUUGAUCGUGUUGUCUCACCCAGUACCUUUCUUUGGAACUCUCUUGUCCGUGGAUACUGUAAGAAGUUGCAUUUUGUUGAUACGAUUUCGCUAUUUGUGCGUAUGAAAAGGGAGGACGGCGUUCCUGAUCGGUAUACGUUCCCUUCGCUUCUCAAGGCGUGCGCGAGUGAGGGGAAGGUGAUUGAAGGGAUGGUCCUUCACGGAUCCAUCUUGAGAUGUGGGGUUGAUGGGGAUUUAUAUGUGACGACGAGUUUAGUGAACGUGUAUGGGAAGGGUGGGUUAGUCGACUGUGCUCGUAAGGUGUUUGAUGGGAUGUCGCAGAAGAAUGUGGUUUCUUGGACGGCUAUGAUUGUUGGGUAUUCGAAUAUUGGGAAUUUGGUGGAGGCAAAGAAGCUUUUCGAUUCGAUGCCGGAGAGAAAUGUGGCGUCGUGGAAUGCACUCAUAGGAGGGUGCAUGAAAAUGGGUGAUCUAAAGAGCGCUGAGAAGGUAUUCGAUGAAAUGCCAGAAAAGAAUGUUGUAUCUUUCACAACAAUGAUCGAUGGGUAUGCUAAAGCCGGCGACAUGGUUUCUGCCAGGAAAUUAUUUCAACAAGCUCCUGAGAGAGAUAUCGUCGCAUGGUCGGCUUUGAUAUCUGGGUAUACACAAAAUGGACAUCCAAAUGAGGCAGUCGAGACAUUUCUCGAAAUGGGUUUAAGGAAUGUGAAACCUGAUGAGUUUGUAUUGGCAAGCUUGAUGUCAGCUUGUUCCCAAGUGGGUAAUUUGGAUUUAGCUAAAUGGGUUGAUUCAUAUGCUACCAAGUUAUUGAUUGAUCUUCGUGGAGCUCACGUUAGGGCAGCUCUUAUAGACAUGAACGCCAAGUGUGGAAACAUGGAGAGAGCCAUGAAUCUGUUUGAUGAAAUGCCUAAAAGAGAUCUAAUUUCCUAUUGUUCUAUAAUGCAAGGGUUGUCGAUCCACGGGCGUGGGGAUCAAGCUGUGUCACUCUUCGAGAGGAUGCUGGAUGAAGGUCUAACUCCCGAUGAAGUAGCCUUCACAGUCAUCUUGACAGCUUGUAGCCGUGCUGGGUUCGUGGAUGAAGGUUGGCAUUACUUUGAAUUCAUGAGGAGUAAAUACUCCAUGAUUCCCUCUCCUGAUCACUAUGCAUGUAUUGUUGAUCUUCUUAGUCGAUCUGGGAGACUAAAAGCAGCUUACGAGCUUAUAAAAUCCGUGCCUGUUCAAUCCCAUGCUGGUGCAUGGGGUGCACUGCUAGGGGCCUGCAAAUUAUAUUGCAAUUCUGAGCUUGCAGAAGUGGUCGCUUCUCGACUUAUUGAGCUUGAGCCUCAAAAUGCUGGCAACUAUGUGCUGUUAUCAAAUAUCUAUGCUGCAGCAGAAAGGUGGUUGGAUGUGUCUGUCGUAAGAAACCAAAUGAAUGAGAGAGGGGUUAGAAAAAUACCUGGUUGCAGUUGGAUUUAAUUCAUGGCGUUCUGUAUAUGGUAUCGGCAACUUUAUCUGCUCCAGCAUUGAUCUCACUCGGUUCAACAUCUUGAUUCUUUAGACUAUUAUUUCUAUACUGGAAUUCAGCAGUGAUAAGAACCGAAAUUGAAGUUAAUCACUGAAAACUGAAUUAUGUUCCAAGUAUGACAUGGCCACAGCAGCAUGAAGUGCUGCUCCUAUGGGA